AUGGAGGGGAGGUGGUGGCCGCGGGGGCAGCUGGGACGGCAAUGGCGGCGCCGGAGCAGGAGGGAGGUUGCGGCUUGCCGGUGCCAGGGCGAUGUGGCUACUUUGUGCAGAGGAAGAAGCGCUUCUGCAAGAUGAUCCCGGCUCCCGGAAGGCGGUUUUGCGGAGAGCACGGGCAGCAGGAGGAGGAAAAUGGCAGAAAAAGGAUUCCGUGUCCUCUUGAUCCAAAACACACAGUAUAUGAAGACCAACUACAAAAGCAUGUAAAGAAAUGUAACUCAAGAGAGAAGCCAAAACCAGUCUAUUUUGUUCAAGAUAUUAAUGCAGGUUUUAAAGAUGUAGCAGAAAUACCAGAAAAACAGGUACCUCUCUCUUCUCUAUCCAAAGAAGAGCUGGAGAACUUGAUAAUGAAGUUGAAAAAAGCAAGUAGUGGCCUGGAAUUUCACCUUAAGGAACAAAUACUGUCCCACCAGGCUUUACAAGAAGCCUUAAAUGACCCAAAGAAUGGGGAAUCUGCUUUCAAACACUUGAAACAGCAGGCUUCUAUUUUAGGUAACAUGGAAAAAUUACAUUUACUUGGUCCAGGAAGAUGUUUUAUUGAGUUUGGAGCUGGGCGAGGAAAGCUCUCCCAUUGGGUUGAUGUUGCCUUGGAGAAUGUUGAAAAUGUUCAGUUUUUGCUUGUGGAAAGAGCAGCUACACGAUUUAAGGUGGAUGGAAAACAUCAAAGGAGAGAUUCUAUAUUUGAAAGGCUUCAAGUUGAUAUUCAACAUUUAUGUUUAAAUAAGGUGCCUGUUUUGGAGAAGAAAAAACUCCCAGUGGUAGGAAUUGGGAAGCAUUUGUGUGGUGCUGCAACAGAUCUUGCUUUGAGAUGCUUGGUUGAAAGUUAUACAACUUGCUGUGAUGCAGAAAAUGAAGAGCCUGCACCAAAACACUCUAGGACUGAUCAGACAGAGGUGAUGUCCAACAAUUCUUCUGAUCAUGAAAGCAGCAAAGCUGACUGUAAGCCUGUAGCUGGAAUUGUGAUUGCGCUGUGUUGCCAUCACAAGUGUGACUGGACAUAUUAUGUAGGCAGAGAGUUCUUUAAAUCAGUAGGACUCGGACCAGUAGAAUUUCACUAUUUUCAGAGAAUGAGUAGCUGGGCCACCUGUGGCAUGCGAGAAACCACAAAGCAAGACUCUGCAAGUGAGGAAAGUGAAGAGCAAAGUAACGACACAGAAGAACAUGAGCAGACAUUCAGCAAGAUAGAGAGUGGUCCUGAUACUUUGCAAGGGAUACUUACAGUUGAAGAACGAAAGGAGAUAGGCUGCCUCUGUAAACGGCUUAUUGAUCACGGACGGAUUGAGUAUUUACAACAACGAGGAUACAAGGCUGUGCUACAGUAUUACGUAGAGUCGACCGUGUCCUUGGAGAAUGUCCUGUUGACAGCUGUCCCAAGUCCAUCUUUGAUACCAGAGCCAGCUACAUGACAGAACAUAGGUUACUUACCUGGAUUUUUACAAAACUAAUUCAUUGCUUACAAAAAAAAAAAGUUUUAAUCAUUCCUGUACAAAUAAAAGGUCUUUUUAUUUCCCAGUGUGAGUGGGAAUUCAAAAUCUGCAAAUCAGUUCGCAUCAGUGGAAAAAUAGAAUCCCUAGGAAUAUAUGAAACCUGUUGUACGCCUCUUUGCUAGGAGUAAGUAUGCUUGGUAUUUCUUCCAUUCACAGUUACAUUCUUUAUUCAAUAGCAUUCAUGACAGAAGAAGGACCAGAGGUGCUGCUUUCCACAUUUCCUGAAAGACAGUGGAUUAAAAUAAGAGAAGUUAACUUACUUUAUUUUCACUUUGAAGUUCAGGAUAGCUUUUAUUUCCUCUUAAAAUGUUUAAGUAGGCCUAAGUAACCAUCAGCCUGUGCUGCUAGGGGAGUCUGUUAAGGAAAAAAACUUUAUAAACUGUCAUCUUGAUAUAUUUUUGCUAAAUUUAUGAUUCUUUCAUAAGUUAUUGAUGAAGAGAAAGCUGAUUUGGUGUUCGGACUAAAGAGCCUUUCCACCCUUCAGAUUUUUAAGUCUUCACAAUAGAUAUGAAAUGCUCCUUUGGAUCUUCAUUUCAGUAGCAGUGAAAUUCUCUCUGCAAGUAACAGCUGCCACCUGCACAUGUCUUCAAAAGUGCUUGUUUUCAUAGAAUUCCAGUCUGGUUAGAGUUGAAAAGGACCUGAAGGUAAUCUAGUUCCAGCUCCCCUGCCAUGAGCAGGGACACCUCACCCUAGACCAUGUCACCCGCAGCUCUGUCUGCACCUUCCAACUGUUAUCUUUGAGACUACUAACAGCAUUUUUUAGUCACAAGUGAUGUAGGAAUGGGGUGAAAUUGGGAGGGUGUUUUGUUUAAGUUACUGGAUUUGCUGUCAAGGGAAAGAAAGUGGUGGGAAGCAUCUGUUUAUCAUGGGCAUCUCCCCCUUACAUGCUGCUUUGUUAGUCACCAUCUGGACAACAUCAAGAAAUAGGUAAAGUUGAGGUUCAUAAGACAAACAGUGCUAGAAGACCCACACUGUAUAAACUGAUUAAAUUGCAAAUACUAGAGCCAGUCAACUUCCAGUUAUGCAGGCUGUAGGUAACUAAUUCCAGUAUUGCAUGGCUCCAGCAUGUUCCUACUAGAAUACAUGCUGUCCAUGGGAAAGCUCCAGGGCCAACCCCUGAUAAACUUGCCCCUACCCUCAGUAAAAAUCUGUUCACAGCUUUUUUGGAGAAUGUUACUCACUUACUAAGAUUAUUCAUGUUUCAUUUGUAUAAAUAUCCUGGCUUGCUUUUAUCCAGCUUAUGCUUCCCUUCCUCACUGUAUUCCAGAGAGAUCAGAGUUAAUAAAAAAGCCAUACCUGUU